ACGGAGGCCAAAGGAAGAGGAAGAAGAAGAAAAAGGACAACAAAAGCACGUGGAGACUACUCAGAGGAAGCGGUGCAGUGGUGGCAUGCAGUGGGUACAGUACAGUAUCUAGCUUUACUGAAUCGUCACAGAACAACUUCUCGAUUGAUUGCAGUAGGAAAGGAACAAGAACACGUAGGAGCCAAGAAGCCACACAAAGCCCUAUAUAGAAGUCUCCUAAACUGCGCUAACAGCGACAAAUUACCAACAAUGGGAAAAAACAAAAGACCAAAAAGCUAUUAUGUUCAGCUGGCUAAGAAACAGAAGAGCCACCACAAUGUACUGAGUCCUGGGCUGACAGGAUUUCUGUGCACCUGCAAUGACCGGGAGAGAGAGUGUGUACUGGAAGCCUACAAUAUCCUGAAUGAGUAUGCAGACCAGAUGUAUGGCAAGGAGGUAAUUCCAGAAAAGAAUGAGAUUGGUGAGGGAAAAUCUAGUGAGGCAACACAAGAAAUCACCAAAGAACAGUCUGACAACAGUAAACAGGAGACAGAGAAGAAUGAAAUGUCAAGCCCAAGUCAACAAAAGCAAAAGGAAAUUGAAGUAGCUAGUGAUUCUGAUGAAGAAUUCUCAUCUCUUGAUGCUGCUAUCAAGGCUGAUGUUCAAGAACUUCAGAAAGAAAGUGAAAAGAAACACAGACAUUUAAGAAGAUUUGGUCAGGUGGCAACAGGAGCAAAAAAUUAUGUUUUCAUCCGUUCCACUUUAGAGGAUCCCCUUCCUCUUUCUCUGGCCAUAAUGGAUGAUAUUCUGAAGCUACAGCGGCAGAAAACUAAAAAACUUAUUCGCAUGAUUCCAGUGCAAGCAACAUGCAAAAGCUUUCAGGAUGACAUUGUGAAAGCAGUAAAGAAUUUAUGUGAAUCAUAUUUCAGAGAAAAGGGAGAAUCAUUUUACAUUGCUAUUAAAGUAAGGAACAAUAGUUCAAUAGAACGAGAGUCCCUGAAAGCAUCUCUCAUAACAGUGGUAAGUGAAGCUCACUCUGCAAACACACCUGAACUGAAAGACCCAGAAGUAGUUGUGAAUAUAGAUGUGAUUAAAAAUGUCUGCUGCAUAAGUUUGUUGCCAGGAUAUUUCACAAAAUAUUGUAAAUACAACUUGUUAAGUUUAGGUAAUAAAAAAGAAAAUGGAAAAAGUGCACCAAAGAAUGAAGAUAACAAAAGUGAAGUUUCAGAGAAGGAAGUUGAAGUCAAGUAAAUUAAAACAGCAUACCACUGUAAAUAUGAAAUGAAGCUCCACAAAAGUUAAUGUCUCCAAAGUAUAUUUCUCUAGGAAAGGGAUGAAAAAAAAAAGCAUUUCACACAUUGACUUAAUGUUUCCAUUUUAUGAGAUUGAAGAGAAAAUAAAAAAAAAAAUUUGUAAAGUGUAAAAGGAAUAAAGAAAAAAAAAGAUUGUAAAGAAUCAGAUAUUUUUUGGAAUAAACUGAAGAAAUAAA